UUUCAAUCUGUUUUACAGACACAAUUUUGAAUCCUUUUUCCUUUACACUCUGUUUUACAAACCAAUCCCUUCAAAUUUCAAUCUGUUUUACAGACACAAUUUUGCCACAACAGAGAAACAAGAGAUGGGUUCCUCAAAAGAAGGAAAACCCACAAGAGUGGUGAGAGGGGUGAAGACUCUCUUCUUCUUGUUCACCAUGUUGAUCUCUCUCCUGGUGUUCUCGGCUCCGGUGAUCGUCGCGAUCGCCGACGCUCUCCUCCCCUCCGCCCUCCUCUCCGCCGGCUCUCUCUCCCCCAAUCCGCCGCCCUCUUACGUGACUGUCUUGAGGAAUUACGAUUUUCGAUUCUCUCUCAUCGAUAUACCUCUCAUUUCCCUCAUCAGAUCAGCCGUCAUACUAUGUGUGUAUAGUUUCUGCGAUGGACCAAGUCUUUCAAGGGGACCGUAUCUGGGCAUCACGACUCUGUUUUCUGUGGCUUCGUUGGUUUUCGUGUCGUUCAAGGCUUCAUUUGUGUUUGGACCUCCGAGUAUCGAUCGAGGAGUGCACCGCGGAGCUAUGGAGGUGGCUUUGUUCGCCUGCUCGUUGGUUUUGGGCGUAGGCCACGUUGUUGUCGCAUACAGAACUAGUUGCAGAGAGAGAAGGAAGCUCCUCAUUUACAAAAUCGAUAUUGAAGCUGUUUCGGCUUCCAAAAACGGAUUCCCGAGGUAUUACAGGAUUCUCCAUCAUCAACAAAGAGUGAAGUAAAGAGGAAGUCAACUAAACACAGGGAUAUUCCAAAACCGAACAGGGUAGUUUUCCAGUCAUGUACAAAUCUGAACCGUCCAUUGCUUGGUUAAGAUCCGAGCCGUCGAUUGCCGAGAUGAGCGGCCGGAUCAGCCGCUCUGUACCGCUCAAGCAGGGUGCUGCUUAAGCAGCAUCCCCCAUUCCGGUUCCGGUUUUUACAGGGUUAUCCAAAGGAGAUUCUGCAACCGGAAGCUCGUCACAGUAUUAGGUAUAGCAGUUGGGUGUAUGAAUUAUUAUACACCCAGUUCGAUACGCUACAGGAUAUGUAUACAGAAACAUUGUAAAAGCGUUCUUUUUGUAAUAGAGGCAUAUACCACUUGGUCUUCGGAGAUUCGAGAGGCAGCGAUCCCUCCUCCUCCUCCCCACAACAUGUACAGCUUUCAAAUUUAUCCCUAAAUAUGAGAGAGAAGUUUCAGA